GGGUCCCCGCGGCCCUUUAACAACCCGACAGGUGCAGCCCGGCGCCACCUCUGGUUGGCUGGUGCGGCAUGACGCAAUGGUACAUGGCUCGCCACCAUUGGCUGCGGCGUGGGCUCCGCCCUCCGCGCUGUGGGGGCCGGCGGAGGUUGCACGUCUUACGCAGGCGGCGGAGGAGGUGGCGCUGAGGAGGCAGCCGUCUGCGCCUGCGGCAGGCUGGGUGCGUCGUCCCUUCCUCCCCCACAAUCUACACGGAUCUGGAUCCUCCCCUGCCGGCUCGUGGAUCCUCCCCUGCGGGCCCUGAACCUGACUGACCCCUUCUCUUCCCAUCCAGAUCUGGGCUCCUCCACACAAAUCUUUCAUCCAGCUCCUUCUCCCCCACUACUUGGAAUCUGACCCAUUCUACCUAAUUCCACGGAUCCUGCCCCUAAUAAACCUACAUUCAGACCCUAAAACAAUGGGCUGACUUUUGCCUCCUUGCCAAGGGUGCAGGCUACCUCCUUAACGGUCCCCAGCCUGGGAAAAGAUGGCCCCGAGACCCCCAAGGGGCCUGGUCCCGGCUCUAGUCUGGGGCCUGAGCCUCUUCUUCAGCCUCCCAGGCCCAGUUUGGCUCCAGCCCUCUCCGCCUCCCCAGUCUUCGCCCCCAACCGAGCCCCAUCCGUGUCAUACGUGUCGGGGACUGGUCGACAGCUUCAACAAGGGCCUGGAGAGAACCAUCCGGGACAACUUUGGAGGUGGAAAUACUGCCUGGGAAGAAGAGAAGUUGUCCAAAUACAAAGACAGUGAGACCCGCCUGGUAGAGGUGCUUGAGAACGUGUGCAGCAAGUCGGACUUCGAGUGCCAUCGCCUGUUGGAGCUGAGCGAGGAGCUGGUGGAGAGUUGGUGGUUUCACAAGCAGCAGGAAGCCCCAGACCUCUUCCAAUGGCUCUGCUCAGAUUCCCUGAAGCUCUGCUGCCCCUCAGGCACCUUCGGACCCUCCUGCCUUCCCUGUCCUGGGGGUACAGAGAAGCCCUGCGGUGGCUACGGGCGUUGUGAAGGGGAAGGGACUCGAGGGGGCAGCGGGCACUGUGACUGCCAAGCCGGCUAUGGGGGUGAGGCCUGUGGCCAGUGCAGCCUCGGCUACUUUGAGGUGGAGCGCAACGCCAGCCAUCUGGUAUGUUCGGCUUGCUUUGGCCCCUGUGCCCGCUGCUCAGGACCUGAGGAAUCAAACUGUUUACAGUGCAAGAGGGGCUGGGCCCUGCAUCACCUCAAGUGUGUAGAUAUCGAUGAGUGUGGCACAGAGCGAGCCAACUGUGGAGCUGACCAAUUCUGCGUGAACACGGAGGGCUCCUAUGAGUGCCGAGACUGUGCCAAGGCCUGCCUGGGCUGCAUGGGGGCCGGGCCAGGCCGCUGUAAGAAGUGUAGCCCUGGCUACCAGCAGGUGGGCUCCAAGUGUCUCGAUGUGGACGAGUGUGAGACAGAGGUGUGUCCAGGAGAGAACGAGCAAUGUGAGAACACCGAGGGCAGUUACCGUUGUGUCUGUGCUGAGGGCUACAAACAGAUUGAGGGCGUCUGUGUGCAGGAGCAGAUCCCAGAGUCAGCGGGCUUUUUCUCAGAGAUGACAGAGGAUGAGCUGGUGGUGCUGCAGCAGAUGUUCUUCGGUGUCAUCAUCUGUGCACUGGCCACCCUGGCUGCCAAGGGUGAUUUGGUCUUUACCGCCAUCUUCAUUGGGGCUGUGGCGGCCAUGACUGGCUACUGGUUGUCAGAGCGUAGUGACCGUGUACUGGAAGGCUUCAUCAAGGGCAGAUAAUCUCGGCCAUACCUGCAGGAUCUCCUCCCACCAGGCUGCCUCCAAAAGUCAGGCCUCUCUCCUGCCUGGACACUCAAGGCGGCUUGCUUUAUUUUUUGAGAGUGGGCUAAGUACCCCCUACCCACCUACGGAGCAGCCUAGGCACCCAGACCUGGGCAGGUGAGGCCCCUGGGAUGCAGAAGGAGCCCUAAAAAUGGAUGCCAUAGGAUCUUGGCCUUGGGGAGACUGGGCAGGUUUCAUAAUGUGUGUGGAUUUUAAGUGUCUCCUUGUGGUGGCUGCUAGUGAGCUUUGGCCCCUGUCCAGGAUGAGGGGGGUGGGUUCCUGCAGGGGUGGGUCCAUCAUAGCCUCCUCCUGCCAGCUGCAUGCUGCCAGCUACUGUUCCGUAUUCACCUCCCCCACCCCUCAGCCACUGAUUUAUUUAUUCAUCUCAGGAAAUAAAGAAAGGUCUUGGAAAACGGAGAAGCUUCAGUUGUACUGCCUGCCCUCCCACUCCCAUGGUUGGCCUAAGCCAGUGGUCGGCAAACGGCGGCUCGCGA